CGUUGACGCAUCGUCCUUGUUUUCGUCCUGAAACGGUUUCUUGGUUUUGUUCUCCCUGAAAAAACGGUUUCCCCGGCGCAGUUUCAAACCCGCAUCAAGUAUACGCAGCGAGUGCCCAGUAAGAAUUUGCGUGCCACCGUCGCUAAUUCCACGCUCUAAUGAAGUUAUUGGGUGCGUGAUUCCCGCUCUAAUCUCUGGUCAGACCCAAGGAUCAAAGCAGGCGCUCCGGAACUCGAGGGUUAAUUGAAAAGUCGCUUCAGACUCAGAAAGCUGAACUUAAAUCUCCCCGAAGCGAUUGGCUAUUUCACUCCGAGGUUUCGAAAAUCAAAAGGCGCGAUGAAGUUGGUCGUGUAUCUCUAUUUGUCCAUGAUUGUGCUGGGCGUUCAGGCCUGGCCCAGUGUGAAGCGGUCCUUUGAGCUCUUCCCCAACCCCGCGGUGCCCCACAAUGUGCACACGGUCUCAGAUUGCAUGCAUGUGGCCUCCGAGGCAGGUGACUACAUCUUCAAGAAGCUCAACCCCCUCAGUUCGGCACUCAAUCGGGAGGCAGCUCUGCUCGAAUUGGAAGCGGCAGCCGCCGCAGGAGUGGGAGUUGGAGUGGGAGUGGGAGUGGGCGAAGGAACAGGAGCAGGAACUGGAACAGGAGCAGAUGUCCAGGAACUGCAGCCCGAGGUCUGUGGGCUUUAUGUGAUUGGGGAGCCAGACACGAUUGUGGAGAUUACAAUGAAACACUACGACGCGAACUGCGAGACCGGAGCCCUAAUGGCGUUUGUUGAUGGCUGGGAGCUGAAUGGCGAGUACUUUCCGGGCAUAAAAGAUCACCAUCGCCCGCUGGAGGAGCGUGUUUACGAGUUCUGCAACAACUACAGGCAGCCCCGAGUGAGCAACAAGAAGUUCUUCCGCUCCAGCCAGAAUGCCGCCCUGCUCCAGUACCGCAUUCCUGCUCGCGGCUCCUUUGUGGCCAACGUGCGAUUCCACAAGAUCUCGCAACCCUGCAAUGUUUUGGUCCAGGACACGGCUGCCAUGUACAAGAUGACCAACUUUGGCCAGGCUCGCAACUGUACCAUCUCGGCGCUCUUUCCGGCCGUGGUCUCCUUGGCCAGCUUGCGGAUUGGCGGCAAGAGCGUGAGGGCCCAGUCGAAAGUCAACUACGAUUGCCAAAUGCCCAGCGACCGAUUGGAGAUCGGAGGCUCCUCUGGACUCGAUUCCAUCGGAAUGGAGCACGCCAGUGCCGUCUGCGGAUCCUCCAGCGAACUGGGUCCCGAGCAGGCGAUCUUCUGCGGGGUGAGCACCGUGAGGCUGGUGUCCUCGGGCCGGUUCCAGAACCAGGCGGCCAUCGUCCUGCGGAAGGCCGAGGACCAGGACCUCGACAUCGCCACGCUCAUCUGUGCGCUCUAAGCGGCGAGCGGACCUCUGUCCAAAGUGUAUAUGUUUGUAAAAAAAAUAACGAAACGAGAAUCCAGAGCAGCGGACGACUCCUCCCCGGACUCCAUUGUAGUGCUUAACUUACUCUUAACUUAUCCAGCUAAUUCGCAAAGUAUUCGCUACCCGAGAGGCAUCUUAGGUAAUAUAUAUAUACAUGUAUAUCGAACAUUCUGAGUGUUGACUACAAGAA